AUGGCGAAUGCGGGAACCACACUUGGGGCAGAUCACUUGCCUAAAAGGCUCUUAGCGCAGACUACUUCUAGCCUACUAUACGCCAAGACUCCACGGAGUAUGUUCAAAGAUGUGAUCGGUGCCAAUCAUAAUAGCCCAUGGCCAUUCAUGCAGUGGGCCAUUGACUUGGUGGGACCUAUGCCACCUGAACCUACCAAGAAAGACAUGAUGAUUGUUGCCCCUAACUACUUCACUAAGUGGAUCAAGGCCAAGGCUCUAUCUUUUACCAAGGAAGUCGACUUUGAACGGUUCAUCUAG